UUGUAGUAAUAAAAAAACCUUCUUUGCUUGUACUAUAAGAAUGCGUACUUGUCGUUUGUCCGUCUCGACCACGACAAUUGGCGACCCCGACGUGAUGCUGUAAAUUAUGCUUGUGACUGCGAGGAGAGCAGUGGAGACGGAGCCCGGCAUAGCUUGAGAGCGGCGGGAAGAGCUGCUAGUCCGGACUGAUACUUGACACCUGCAGAUAAACAGGUGAGCUGCCGGGAACAUGGGCGGGACCCUCAGUAAAGAGGACGCCAGAAUUGUAAAUAUGUGGAAAGUAAUUUUGCAAAAGAGAGGACUUAAAGUAGAAGAGUUGAUGUUGCGGAAAAUGCUCUUAUGGGGCAAGCAACACGGAUAUAAAGCAGAUACAGUGACUGCAUUUAGUGUGCCUGUGUGGCAAGGACUCGGGGACAAGCUGUUUGACAGUGCGUCCCGAGGGUCUAAGGAGGCAGCCAGCCUCCUGAUGACGUGGUACCUGCUCCUUGAAACCGUCAAAGACAUUAGAGAACAAAGGGAUAGGAUGAAGGAGCCAGACGUCCCUAUUGCGGGGGGAGGACAGUCCUCUCCCACAGAGGACGUGGGGUCUGUUGCCCAGUCCUCUGGCAAGCGCGCAGGGCGGCCAAAACCACGGGGCCGACAAAAGAACCCUUUCGUUGAUGACUCUGAUGAUGAGCAGCCCUCAGGACAUCCUCGGACUAUUAAAGAUAGAACAUAUAAGCGGCCCCAGGACUUGCUUCCUGGUAGUGACGUAUGCCCCGCUGAAACGGCAGAGGCGCCAGUUAACCCGUCCGCCCCCCCCUUGCCGCCUGAUUCAGAGGAUAGAGAAGGGAUGAAUAGCCCCCCCCCGGGCGCGGGGAGGGGAACAGGGGACCUCAUGCCUGUACCCCCCUCUGCCAGCCGAAACAUCAGAGGAUUGGGAUGAUCCCAUGGACAAUGAUAUGGGGGAUCCUGAACCUGGGGGGUCUGCGGGAACACCGAAGGAAGGACAGUUACAGGGAGGCUCGCGUUGCCGAGGACAGCCCUGGGUCCUUCCGCCGGCUCGAAUUACUGUCAGUCCCCACAACCCCCUGAAAUUCUGGCAGCAGGUGAAAGCUCGAGCUCUGCAAGAAGGAAAUUGGGACCUGUCCGAGCAAAUUAACGUUCCUGUAACAGCAGGCAACUCUGGUGAAACGAAUUUAAGGGGGACUGGGGCGAUGGCUUUCUCCGUGGUACGGGGUGAUCCAGGACAAGGAAUUAUGGAUGAACAUAGACCAUAUUUGUGGAAAGUUAUACAGGAUUUACAAAAGGCAACUGCGCAAUAUGGUCCCAACUCCCCCGCAGUUAUACAAUUAAUACGCCUAUUAACUAUGGAAGAAAUAACACCUUAUGAUAUUGCUCAAAUUGCUCAA